GUCACAUUUCCUUCACAUCUCACUCCUGGGACACAAGGGACGAGGAGAGAGCAGCUGCAUGCAGGAAGCCGGCCACAGAGGAGGAGCUUCUCCAGCCACAGCCUAAUAACACAGAGGUCAGCUGGUGGUGACUCAUACGCCUUUACUUCCUGGUCCUUUCAUGAAGAGCCCAGGCCUGUAUCUGAAACCCAACCUUGUAUAAACACUUCCUACAUUGGGAGUAGAGCCUCUUCCACUUGUCUGCAUACAUUUGUGUUCCUUCAGACAAGAAUGGCUGACGUGCGCACCUGGCCUUUCUCCCCUAGGGGUUAGCAGUGGCCACCAUGGGGUCUGUGAAUUCCCGAGAUCACAAGGCAGAGGCCCAGGUGGUGAUGAUAGGCCUCGAUUCAGCCGGAAAGACCACGCUCCUGUACAAACUGAAGGGCCACCAGACAGUGGAGACCCUACCCACAGUUGGUUUCAACGUGGAGCCUCUCGAAGCACCGGGGCACAUGUCCCUGACUUUGUGGGAUGUUGGGGGGCAGACCCAGCUCCGGGCCAGCUGGAAGGACCACCUGGAAGGCACGGAUGUCCUCGUGUAUGUGCUGGAUAGCACGGAUGAAGCCCGCUUGCCCGAGGCAGCGGCUGAGCUCAUGGAAGUCCUGGACGACCCACACAUGGCCAGCGUCCCUUUCUUGGUGCUGGCCAACAAGCAGGAGGCGCCGACUGCCCUGCCGCUGCUGGAGAUCCGAGAGAGGCUGGGCCUGGAGAGGUUCCAGGACCGCAGCUGGGAGCUCCGGGCCUGCAGCGCCCUCACCGGCGCAGGGCUGCCCGAGGCCCUACAGAGCCUGAGGAGCCUCCUGAAGUCCCGUGGCCGCUGUGCGUCCACGUGAGCGCGGGCGGGGCGGGGCGGGGGCAGCAAGAAGACUUGAUCCGGGAGAGCCGAUAUCUUUGUUGAUAGGACCUGAAAGAACCAGCCGGUCCUUGAGAAUCUGAAGCUCAGUUUAUCAAACGAGAAGUCCUGUGCUUGGACAGGAUAUUUUCCUCUUGGA